UAUCGAAGUCCGAGUUAAACAGGGGAACAGUAAAUGAUAUGGUAUCUAAAAAUAUUACCAUGGUUCUCGAGAAUCUCCUAAUGAAUUAUGAAAAUAAUCAGCUACCCACGCAUGGAAAAGGAGUACCGACUGUGGUAAAAACGAAUAUUUUGAUAAGAAGCAUGGGCCCUGUAUCUGAACUCGAUAUGGAUUAUUCGAUGGAUUGUUACUUUCGUCAAUCAUGGAGGGAUUCACGUUUAAGCUUCUUGGGCCCGAUAAAGUCGCUCAGUUUGAGCAUCAAAAUGCUGGAAAGAAUCUGGAGGCCGGACACGUAUUUUUACAAUGGAAAACACAGCUACGUGCAUACGAUCACAGUACCUAACAAAUUGUUAAGAAUAUCACAGGACGGGGACAUCCUUUACUCUAUGAGGCUUACGAUAAAAGCAAAAUGUCCAAUGGAACUGAGGAAUUUUCCUAUGGAUCGACAGUCUUGUCCACUUAUUCUUGGAAGUUAUGCAUAUACUUCUCGUCAAUUAGUUUAUGAAUGGCAGGAGGGUUCGUCGGUGAAUUUCGUUCCUGGAAUGGCACUUUCGCAAUUCGAUUUAAUGGGCUCGCCAUACCGAAAUUUAACUUUCAUUCGUCGGGAAGGUGAAUUUUCGGUUCUCCAGGUUUCCUUUAAUUUACAACGAAAUACUGGUUAUUUCAUCAUUCAAGUUUACGUGCCCUGUGUCUUAAUAGUAGUACUCAGUUGGGUAUCUUUUUGGAUUCAUCGUGAAGCUACCAGCGAUAGAGUCGGUUUGGGUAUCACCACAGUUUUGACAUUGUCAACUAUUAGCCUCGAUUCCAGAACCGAUUUACCAAAAGUGAGAUAUGCAACAGCACUAGAUUGGUUUCUGCUUAUGAGUUUUGGAUACUGCAUCGCUACCCUUUUAGAAUUUGCUGGCGUCCAUUACUUUACAAAGGUUGGUAGUGGAGAAAUUCCUUUAGAUGAAGAGGAUUGGGAUAACACGAGCGACGCUAGUUAUCAAGACGGAAUUUGUAGUAUCGUGUCAUGUAGUUCUCAUUUAGUACAUCCAGAAUCUACAACUGAUGUCCCUCGCGAAAGAAGCUCCUUAAUAUGUGACGUCUACAGUCUUAACGAAUCAGUAACCUAUGGACAAGGAUGCAUUUCCGUCUCUUCGAAACCAUCAACAAUGGAAAGACAAACACAAACAGAAGUAUGGAUACCAAAAUGGCGGCAAUUUCUGUAUUGUCUCACUGGAGAUGAGGCAUUUAGGAGGUGCAGACAAAGAGAAGCGGCUAGAAACUGUAAACAGCAUGGAGAAAAAAUUGCAAGACAUAUAAAUAGUGUUUCUUACAUUGACAAAGUGGCACGAAUAGUAUUUCCAGCCUCUUUUGGAUUUCUCAAUAUUUGUUACUGGGUCACUUAUGUCACUUACCAAGAAGAAUUUAAAUGGCAAGACCCACCAAUCGGGUCAAUUUCAUAA